AAUUUUUCCUCAGAGUCACAGAGUUGGUUUGCUCUCUACCUACACCAUGAACGGUAUCAUAAAACCAUUAAUACUGCUUCUGUUCAUCUCUCAGUUCAUUGUUUUUUGAGUAAAUUAAUGUGGUGAGAACUGUGGUACUUGUAUAAGAUAUUGGCCUGGGAGUUUUAAGGCAGUGGCUCCAACCAAGUACUGCCUGCUUGAAGGCAAACUCGAUGGUGAACCACUGCGGAGUCUGGCACCCUUCCAACUCUGCUUGUCGUCCAAGUGUUGCAACACCAGCGCGGCUGCCACUUGCCCACGUUGCGUUUGCUGCUCCGGUAUUGACUGCCAGCUUCCCAACAAGGCCUUUGAGGGUCUGACUGAAGAAUUUAAGGCUAGGCAACGAAACCUUGCAAUUCAAGGCAAAGUAAAUAUGAAAUAACUUG